AUGGCCGCUCAGGCCGGGACCGGCUACAUUGAGCGAGACAUCGAUGAGGAAGAGAACUUUGGCAACACGGGCAAGGUCUCGCGCAAGGAGAAAGAAGCCAAGGAGAAGGUCGUGCGCCAUUUGACCGGUAAUGCAGCCAGGGAGCUGUUCCUCGAAUGUCUGCAGCUCAUCCUGCGCAAGCAGGUAUGGUGGCUCAUCAAAGAGAAGAACCUGCCCGAUGAACUCGAGACUGUGGUUCGUGACCUAUGGGAUCUACGGGUGCGAAACUUCUCUGGGCUGAAGCUGGCCGGCGAGGCAGAUGUGGAGUCUGGCACGGAGUACACGACGGACAAUGAAUUGUUCAGCUCCCAAAGCGAGAGCGAGCGGUCCAGGACCUCUGCAUCUACCACGCAGUCGACUUUGACAAUCUUGCGAUCUGUUACUUGGGAUGCAUCCUACUGA